ACAAAACAUCAAAGCACAGACAAAAUGACUUCCAACGUGUUGCCUCUUUUCUGGCCGCUCUCGAAUUUAAGCAAGGAGACCCGGCUCACAGCUUCUGCAAAUCUUGUGUCUUCCCUUGAAUCUUUCCAACGGUCCUUCUCUCAGAACGCCGGUUCCUCAAAGGGCAAGGAAAUUGAGGACGACGAUGAGGAUGAAGAGUCAGCAAGCGAUAGCGAAGAGUCUGGAAUGGAAGUAGAUGCGAGCGACGAUGAGGAAGAAAAUGACGAGAAGCACAGUCAGGCGGCAAAAUUGGACAGGCAGUUGAGCAAGGACAAUGCAGAGGAUGUUGUCUACAGUGUCAAGCGACUCGUGCGAGGCUUGGGUAGCUCUAGAGAAAGUAGCCGUCUUGGCUUUGCGGUUGCUCUAACAGAGUUGCUUUCUCGUAUACCAACUGUCACCGCUCGACAAGUCUUUUCACUUGUCAUCCGCAAUUCUCAAUACAGCAAGAACAUGAAAGGCUCUGACGAAAGAGACAUGAUGUUUGCCCGUCUUUUCGGUAUGACAGCCAUUGUUCAAUCCCAGAGUCUUUUCGCUCCUAGUGCCACAAAGGAUGACUUCCGAGGCGUUAUCGAAGAGCUUGAGAAGCUUGGACAGGCAAAGGCGUGGAUGAGGGAAAGCGCUUGGUGGGCUCUGGUGCAAAGCGUUUUGCUCCUUUUGGAAAGUAGGGUGCAAUGGAAGGAGGACGCUCUGCGGGAAGUGAUUGAUGUGGUGUUUGAAGAGAAGGGUUGGACUCAGGAGAAGGUAGCUUUGGUACUUACCUUGGAGCAAUCUGGUCUCGACAUUGACUGGAAGACUCACCUGGCUCCUACCUUCAAGCAUACCCCUUUACUUAACACUCACAACCUCGUCACCCUCAGUCGAAUUCUCAAGGAGACCAGUGGAGACGAGGAAGAUGGUGUUUCAGCAACCAUCACUGGUUCUUGGAAACCCCAGCUUCACUUUGUCUGGAAUAUCAUCCUCGAUCGGUACUUUGGGCCCUCCGCCCUUUCCACAACCCUCGCGUCCUUCCAAGACUUUUUCCGCGUCGUUGUUGACGAAUCCCUUUUCUCCAAUACUUCUUCUCCCCAGCGUCGAUACUGGGGCUUUCAAGUGUUUGAACGAGCCCUUCCUCUUUUGCCGUCUUCUCAGAUGCCUCUUAUUUUUACUCCGAACUUUAUGCGAUGCUGGAUGAACAAUCUCUCCUCACCCGAUCGUUAUCUUCACAAAGCUGCUCAGCAAAUUGCCAAAAAAGUGCAAGACAUUAUCAAAGAGAACCCCAAGGUUGGUUACACAUUGCUUUCUCAGCUUGUAGGUAAACAUGGUCGACCCGAUUUCGACAAAGUCACCAAGACAAAGACUGUCGAGUCAAUUAUGGGGAAACUCAACGAAAAGGGUGUGAGAGAUUUUGUCGACUUUUUGAAAGAAACUAUUCUCGGUGCUUCUUCUCAUGAAAACCUGGAUGCUGCGAGACUGGCGGAACGUCGUUCUUGGGCGCUCGAUCAGAUCCAGGCUCUGUGCAGGAACGGUUCUGUCCCCAAGGACGACGCCUGGGUUGCUCCUCUCUUCGAUUUCCUUCUUGUGCACGGAUUCUUUAUCAUUAGAAGCGUCAACAAGAAAAGCCCUAUCACCGCCAUACAUACUGUUCCUAAACCUCCUCUUUCCGAAAAUACGUCUAUUGCUUGUCGCGCGAAAUUCUUUGCCUGUGCAGUGGAGUUGACUACAGCGUCGAUUCCUAGAAAAAAUGGGUCUGAAGAUUCCAAAGCUCGUCAGCAAGGGUGCGAUGCUUCCGGUAGGCUCUGGCUCCGUCGAGCCAUUGACAUCAUUUCAAUCCUUGUGGAUGAUAAAAAGCACGUUGAGGUCAUCGCAGAUGCCGAUGAAGAGAUCAAAUCAAUCAGAAAUGCGGCUCUGGAGAGUCUCUCUUCUUUGGACAAGGUUAAGGAAGACCGAAAAUCGAUUUCUAGGGCUUUUGAAAUUCUUAUCUCCUUCUUCAUCUUACAGACUUACGAUGAAGUUGAAGAUUCCUUGGAGAACCUCGAGGAGGUCAACACAGCUGCUCAGCAGUACUUGGGCCAGAAAGAGGAAGAGGAAACACAGGCCGCUGACAUGUUGCUCGACGUGCUCAUUGCUCUGCUCGAUAAAGGUUCCAGUGAUUUGCGUAACCUUGCAAAUCUGGUCUUUGAUAUUAUUUCCCCAGAACUUACGAAAUCCAGUUUAAAUCUUUUGUCUGCUCAACUUGAACAAUCCGCAGCUGAAGCCGCUGCAAACGAAUCUGCGGAAGAGAGUGACGAGGAUGCCGAUGGUGACGAUGCUGCGUCUGAUAGCGAUGGUGGAGAGGCCAAUGAGGAAGAUGAGGACGAGGAAGAAGACGAGGAGCAUGAUGAGGAUCUGGGGGAUGUUGACCCUGCAUUCAGACAGAGAGUUGCCGAAGCUCUCAAAGUGUCCGGCAUGGAUGCCGGCGAGGAUGUCGAAGAAGGUUCCGAGGCCGAGUCAGAAGAAUACUGGGACGAUGAUCAGAUGAUGAAGGUCGACGAACAGCUUGCUCAGGUCUUCCGUGAAAGAGCAGCCGCUGCCUCCAAGAAUGAUAUGAAGCACAUCCUGACCGAAUCUAUUCAUUUCAAGAAUCGUAUUCUCGACUUCUACGACACUUACGCCAAGCGUCAACCAACCAAUCCCCUCAUUAUCGAUGUCAUCCUCACGCUUUUGAAGCUCAUUCGCUCCGGUGGCGUUUCUGAAGCUGAGGUCACAAACAAGGCCGCGGGCAUCCUUCGAAGCAAGUUCAACAAACCGAAAGAUGUCCCGUCCACUGUCAAUAUCGAGGCAGCCUCUGAGAGUCUUAAGACCAUUCAUUCGAUGGCGCAGAAGGCUCAUUCCGCCGAGUUUUCUACAUUGUGCAGUCUGUGCUCGCUUUUUGUUUCUCGAGCAAUCGAUGCUUCUGGUAUUUCUUCCAAUUCGGCAACUUCUACCGUCGUUGAGAUUUACCGCGCCACUCUCAAAGACUUCAUAAUCCGCAAAGCAUCACUUGUGCAUCCUCCAUUCCUUCUCGAGUUUGUGAAGCGGUUCCCUGUCCGUGCAUUCUCUCUCUACCACGACCUUGUCUCCUACGUGGCCCCAGGCGCCGCCGUCAACGCAUUUAGGCAAUUACAGGCUUAUAAUGCUCUCCAAAUCCUUGCUCAGCAUCUUCCGGUCAUCUCUAAAUCCGUAUCCCCAACUGAGGUAAUUAAAUUCGUCCAAGAAGCCAGCGAAAGCGUUUUCACUACCCUUGAAACUGCUGCCGAAGCUAAUUCGGACUCCAAGGAUGCUUUGAAUGCCCAAAAGCUUAAAGAUGUUGUCAAAUUUGCUCUUCAGCUUGCUAGAAACAGCAAGAAUGUAGGUAUCUCUUGGGAUAUAAGGAGAGUCAGCGAGGUCGGUGAAACGCUGAAACACGGCAGGAGAACAAAAGAAAUGAAGGGUGUCCACAGUAUGUGGAUACAGUUGGAGGCUAUUUUGAGCAACAAAAAGGGUGAAAAGCGUAAGAGAUAGAGGAUUACAGAGGGAGAAAAGGGAGUUGGAUAGAGGAGACGGAAGAGCGUUGAGGAGAGAUACGAAUUAAUAGAACAUGCUUCACAUCUGUUAACUUUUCCAUGUUAGUUUUUUUUUCCUUCGUUUCCAUCGUUUCAUCUGUAUAUCGUUAUCGUCCAGAACCAGCUUUCGCCUUUUACCUCCUGGGUUCGCCAUCGGCUCUGUGGUGUUUAAGUAAAAGUCAUUAUAGUCAUACGAAGAUUCU